CUUUCUUCUGGUAAAAAAAUCUAUCUUGCUGCUUAGGUCUAUGAAUAUAGAAGAUAGAGAGAGGCUUGCACAGUGUUUAACUUCGCUGUGUGUUUCAGACUUCGAACCAAUAGUGUGAAUCUGUUAUUGCAACGCUCUUGAACUAUCCCAGACACGAUUUGACUUGGUUCCCUUUUGAGUCUUUGAUCUGACUUUUCUUCUCUACUUGUCCUGUGUGAUAGGUUAUUGUUACCCUUCGCUGGUUUUAGAUUAAAGUCUCACAGUUUUUCUUUAACUAACUCUCAACUCAGUGGAAUGGUCUUUUGGAGGGUCUAAAAGAACAAAAAAAAAGGGGAAGUUAUGGGGAGUUUUUGCUCAAAGAGCCUCGGAAUCAAUUUCGGGAGUGAGUAUUCAGGUUCGAGUGUAGCUGAUGAUGGUUCACCUAGGCAAGUGAGUUUGUUUGGUCCUGGUACGAGGCAGUGUAUGGUUAAAGACGCCAAGGAACAAAGCCAGUUGAAAGAUGUCUUCUCUUUCCGCGGAAAGGAAGUUGUAGUAGAAGAUCAUUUAUACGAUGGGAUUCCGAGGUUACCUCCACCGCAGAAACCUCGGUCUGCAAGAUCUACUCAAACCGCUGUUUCAAAGGUUACAGAGGCGAGUGUGCUUAUAGGCAAAGCGGGUUUAGGUAAAGCCAAAGAUGUUUUGGAUACUCUUGGGAGUAGCAUGACUGAUCUUAGCAGCGGUGGUGGAUUUGCUUCUGGAGUUGCUACCAAAGGCGAAGAACUUGGGAUCUUAGCCUUUGAAGUAGCCAACACGAUCGUCAAAAGCUCAAAUCUCAUUGAAUCCCUUUCUGAGGAGAACAUCACGCAUCUGAGAGGAACUGUCCUUUAUUCCCAGGGUGUUCAGAAUCUUGUCUCGAAUGAUUUUGAUGAACUCCUCAGUCUUGUUGCUGCUGAUAAGAGGCAGGAGCUGCAAGUAUUCUUGGUAGAAGUGGUUCGGUUUGGAAACCGAUCUAAAGACUUUCAGUGGCAUAAUUUACAGCGCUACUUCGACAGGAUCAGCAAAGAACUAACCCCUCAAAGACAGUUGAAUGAAGACGCUGUAUUAGUUGUUCAACAACUGAUGGUUCUAGUGCAGUAUACAGCUGAACUAUAUCAAGAACUCCAAGUAUUGGAUAGGUUGCAGAAAGACUAUGAGCAAAAGCGCCGAGAAGAAGAGAACUCAGCAAGUACCAGUAAAGGCGAGGGUCUUGCAAUCUUAAAAACUGAACUUAAAUCUCAGAAGAAGGUAGUGAAAAGCUUAAAGAAAAAGUCCUUGUGGUCCAGAGGUUUUGAGGAGGUGAUGGAGAAACUGGUAGACAUUGUACAUUUCUUGUUGCUAGAGAUUCAUAAUAUCUUCGGUGGUGCCGAUGAUAAACCAUUGAAGAAAGGAGGUGCAGAUUCUGAUAAAAAAAUGGGGCCUGCUGGUCUUGCUUUACAUUAUGCAAAUGUGAUUGUGCAGAUUGACACACUUGUUUCCCGUUCAAGCUCUAUAACUUCAAAUGCAAGAGAUUCUCUGUAUCAAAGCUUGCCACCUGAUAUAAAACUGGCUCUUCGUUCCAAGUUUAAAUCAUUCAAAGUCGAUAAGGAGCUUUCGGUCACACAAAUUAAGGACGAGAUGGAGAGGACAUUGCAUUGGCUUGUCCCUAUUGCAGCCAACACAACCAAAGCUCAUCAUGGUUUCGGUUGGGUUGGAGAGUGGGGAAGUUCAGGGACUGACUUCACUAGUAAGCCUAGUGGUGGAGAUACACUAAGGAUCGAGACACUCUAUCACGCUAGCAAAGAAAAGACAGAGAACUACAUUCUUGGACAGAUCAUUUGGUUACAACAUUUGGUUACAAAAGCAAAGAGAGACGCUCCUAGACUCUCUUCUAUCAAGUCUACGAACCAGCAGUUGAUAUCUUCUGAACCACUCGGUGUCCCAUUAGUAACAGCUGAGGAGCAAAAGAUGUUACAAGAUGUUAUCAAAAGGAAGAGGACUCCAUGUGUUAGCAAGAGUCAUGAUUUCGAUUCCGAGUACUACUACUCGCGGGUGAGAAAGUGUGACCCUCUAAGCAAAAGCAGUGACUAUAUUGGUGGAGUGAGAAGAAGCAAAUCAGCUGCUGCUGCGGUGAAGAGGUUUUCAUCUGGUUUUUCACUUGUUGGUUUUGUGAUGGACAAGGAAAAAGCGUUAGAUGUGAUUGAUAGAGUCGAUGUGCCUAGAGAUCAUAAAGCAUUGCUGAAAGAAGGUAGCUUGAGCUUCUAGUGGAGAGAGUUAUGUCUUAGUGGCCAAAGUAAGUCAGUGCACAAAAACGGCUUCUGAUUCAUACAUAAUGUUUAGUUUGUAUAUAAAGAGCAGAUAAAGAGACAAUGGAAGAAGCUGUUAUGUGACAACAUGCUGUUAGAUCAGUUACAAAAUAUUUCAAUCUA